GCUGGAAGAGCUAGGGUAAAGCUCAGGCCAAGCCCGGUUCCAGAGCAUGCCAGUAAUCAACAGAUUAACGAUACUGAUAAAAAGUCUGGAAAACCUCAUUUGUUUCUCUACAUCCACAAGUACUGCCUCAUGUGAUGUAGACAAUGCACAACUGGGUUGCACUCCAGUUGGUGGUGGGAGCUAGAUCUAGGUUUGGAGGGGAGAUCAUGCUGACUGAUCAUAGAAUUUUGUCGGGGACUCUAGGGCAGCAUGAUCGAGUGCAGUAGGGCACUGUGGAGAGAUGUGGUAUCAUUAUAGGCAACCUUUCAAUCUGUAAAACUGAUACAUAACUACACAAGCACACAAGAGUGCAUGUCAAAAGUCAUAGCCAAUACUUCUCAUAUAUAUGCAACAUCAUUGUUAAAAACUCUGGUGAAGAUUUCUCCCAGAGACUGCAACAUUAUAAUCUAUGUCUUGAUAAUCAGCAGUGUCAUGAUCCCUGUUCCUGUCCUGUAGAACCGUGACCAUCCUGUUCUGAUCAAGACAUCAAUAUAUCUUUGUGACUAAAAGGUUAGCUUGCAGCUUCCUUCAGAUUAUGUCUUCCAAGGCAAAAAUCUCCAAACAAGUUACCCCUAGACAAGAAUUACAAACAUUGUGACUGUAACCAAAUUCCAAAUCCUUACUGUCUCGUAUACGUAUUCAUCAGAGUCUGCAGUAAUGAGGAGGUUCAGAGCUCAUUAUGAAGGCCCGAACCAUUUUUAACAUGAAAUGGAAACAAGCUUGAACCAGGCAGCGCCUCUUAAAACACCUUAUCAAGGUGAUCGAGACGUCACAAUGAGCUUAAGGGAUCCAAGAAGCAGUGUUAGAUUGUAUACAAGUUUCAGAGGUGGUAUGUUUAUGUUAUAACUCUCCGUUGCCUCAUUCUGUCCAGACAUUUUACGUUUUCAACUUCGAAAUAUUAGCUUUGAACAACAAGCUAUGCAACUAAAUCAUUUCUUCUACUGAAAGAUGCUGGCUAAUAAUUUUGUUUACCUAAAUGAAUUUGCAAAUAAUUAGGCAUUCGCUUAAUUUAGACCAUAUACUUGGAAAUUAAUAUUGUGGUUUUUAUUGCUUUAUAUCCCUCCUACCUUUGUGCUUCAACAGAUAUAAUUUUAUUUUUGGAUGGUAAAAGUAUCUUGUCAAUUCAGCGGCUCAGAAAAGAUGAGUUUUCGAAACGUAACAACUGUAUAUCUGAUAGAUUGCAUAUCUCCAAAAAUAAUGGGGGCAUAAACCUCUGAUUUACACCCUUGUUAUAGAUUUUAAGAACCAGAAAACAGGUUUUUUUACAAGUUUUUUCUGAGGUUCAUGCAUGCCUACACCCAAUUAUCAACCUCUGGACGACUCUGGCUCAGCUGCUGAUUAUUUUUCGAGGAUGGCUGGAGACGAUCACGACGUUUCUGGUGGCCGCAAGAAAAACAAGUAUGCCUUUGCUUGUGCCAUUUUAGCUUCAAUGACUUCUGUCUUGCUUGGCUAUGAUACUGGAGUCAUGAGUGGAGCCGCUAUGUACAUCAAGAGGGAUCUGCAUUUCACCGAUGUCCAGAUCGAGGUUAUUGUCGGAAUCAUCAACAUUUAUUCUCUGCUUGGCUCUGCAGCUGCUGGAAAAACAUCUGAUCUGAUUGGCAGGCGUUACACUAUGGUAUUAGCGGGAAUUAUAUUUUUUUUAGGUGCUAUACUUAUGGGAUUGGCUACGAACUUUGUGUUUCUUAUGGUUGGGCGGUUUGUCGCGGGAAUUGGAGUAGGUUAUGCCAUGAUGAUUGCUCCGGUGUACACCACCGAGGUUGCUCCAGCCUCAUACCGUGGUUUUCUCACGUCGUUCCCUGAAGUUUUUAUAAACAGCGGUGUGUUGCUUGGGUACGUUUCCAAUUAUGCAUUCGCCAAACUACCGCUUUGGUUAGGUUGGCGAAUGAUGCUUGGAAUUGGAGCCAUUCCUUCGGUUGCCUUGGCUAUCGGUGUUCUGUACAUGCCCGAGUCACCACGUUGGCUCGUCCUGAGAGGCCGACUUGGUGACGCUAGAUGUGUACUUGAAAAAACUUCAGACAGCAAAGAAGAAGGGCGUGAGAGAUUACUUGAUAUCCAAGUGGCUGCAGGCAUUCCUGAAGAUUGUACCGAUGACAUUGUCCCUGUAUCGGACAAAAAUUCGGGCCAAGGGGCGUGGAAAGAGCUGCUGAUUAGUCCUACACCAGCUGUUCGCCACGCUUCAAUCACUGGAAUCGGCAUUCAUUUUUUCCAACAAGCGAGUGGCAUAGACGCUGUUGUUUUAUAUAGUCCGCGAAUCUUUGAACAAGCUGGAAUAAAAGGUUCUGAUCAGCAACUACUUUGCACUGUUGCCGUGGGAUUCUGCAAAACCAUAUUCAUUCUGAUUUCGACGUUUUUGCUAGACAAGAUUGGACGACGCCCUCUGAUGCUCACAAGUAUGGGAGGAAUGGUUAUUUUUCUGUUAAUGUUAGCCGUGUCCUUAACCGUCAUCAACAACACAGAUCAUACUGUGGAAUGGGCUGUGGCGUUGGCAGUCAUCGGGGUGUUAGGUUUUGUAUCGAUAUUUUCUAGUGGAAUGGGACCGAUAGCCUGGGUGUACAGCUCGGAGGUGUUCCCAAUGAGGCUCAGGGCCCUGGGCUGUAGCAUCGGAGUGGCUGUUAAUCGCGGUGUAAGUGGCGUGAUUGGAAUGACAUUUAUUUCUAUUUACAAGGCCAUGACGAUUGGUGGUACAUUUUUUAUGUUCGCUGGAAUUGCAGCUAUAGGGUGGUUGUUUAUGUUUACAUUGUUUCCGGAAACACAUGGGAGAAAACUGGAGGAGAUUGAACAACUGUUCGGGACUUAUUUUCAUUGGAGAUCAACGUUGAGGGAGUUGAAGCAAAAGGAAGCCCGGGCCCUGGAGGCUCAGGAUGCUUGACACUGAGUUCCGGAGUUGAUAUUGUGAAAGAAACAGAAAAGGGAAGGCGAGAAGAGGAAUUAUAAGCUGAUUCUAACUGACUUAUCUUCCCAAGCUUUUCGAAAGAAAGAAAAGGAGAGAAACCGGAUAGGAAGAGGUCAAUUCUUUUUCUUUCAAACGUGAUCCCGGAAUGUUAGAUUUUCCUUCCUUUUCUUCCCAAUUCAUAUAUAAAGGGGACUCGGGAGUAGACGAGAGAAGAUGACUUUGGCUUCUCUAUCUUCCUCCCGAAUUCUUUAUGAAGCUUUUCUUUUCUUUCUUUCAAAUCUCAUUUCGUAGGCAUUUGUAUAUAAAGAGCAAGUUGAGGGGGAAAAACCUUUGUACAUAGUUAUUAAGCAUACCAUUUGCGCAUAGUCAC